UUGUAUUAAUAUAUUUAUGUUGAGUCUCGAGCAUUAUUGAGUCUUUUAUUUACGCGGUGUGCGUGUCCACAAUAGCCUUGUACGGCAUUUAUAGUCUCAAGUUAACGUCAAGAAAUAACGAUUAAUAAUGGCUGGAGUAGAAGCUUAUUACGUCGGCUUGGUGAAUUUUCAAAACAAAUACCUAACAGCCGAAAGUUUCGGGUUCCAAGUGAACGCGAGCGGCGUGCAUUUGAAGAAAAAGCAAAUGUGGCUUGUGGAACAAGAUGCGAGUCAUAUCUUCCUGAAAAGUCAUCUCGGUCGCUAUCUAACAGCGGAUAAACACGGGAAACUUUCAUGCGAGGCCGAAGAACGUGAAGAUGACGCAAAAUUCACGGUGACUUACCAAGCCGAUGGGAAGCUCGCAUUGAAAAGCAAAUACGAUCGAUUCCUGGGCGGGGAGGACGAUCAAAUUAACGCAUUCGCUACAACUAUUGGCAAAGCUGAAUCGUGGACACUUCAGCUCGCGAUCCAUCCUCAAGUGAAUUUGCUCCAUGUGGUCCGCAAACGCUUCGCGCAUCUUGAAUCGAACGAGGUCCAAGUGAGCGAGGAUAUUCCUUGGGGUGCUGACGCGUUGAUUACUUUGGAGUUCAAGAACGGAAAGUACGGCUUGCUCACAAGCGAUUCACGCUACCUCAAUGCGGACGGAUCUUUGGACGAAAAGCUCACCGAAAAGGGGCAGUAUUUGAUCGAGUUCCACGAAGGAAGAGUCGCGUUCCGUACCCAUGAAGGCAAGUUCUUGACGUGUGUUGGAAACAAAGGCAAAAUCCAAUCCAGCAAGAAAGAUGUCGCUGGAAGGGACGAGGUGUUCUCCCUGGUUGAUAAUCAUCCGCAGUGUAUGCUGACGGCACAGAAUGAGAGAAUGGUCUCAAUCAGACAAGGUACAGAAAAGUCUGUUUUACACUAUCAAAUUUCUGUGAUCACAGUAGGAAUUUUGCAUAUGGCUACAUUCUAGGUUUUGUUUUCGUUGUUUAGCCAGUUCCCUCAAACAUUUCUUGCAAAUCCUUCAAAGCUUAGAAUUUACCGAUGCGAAAUUUCUACUGUGAUCACAGAAACUUUGAUAGUGUAAAACCAGGACAUUGAACUAUAUCUCGUUCUUUGAUAAACCAGUUUAAUUUAUCCAGGACAACUUUUAUUCUCAUGAACUUUAUCUUGGACUUAUCCCAGGACAAAUGAUUCAACACAGCGCUGACUUAUCGCGGGUCAUGCACUUGUAUAGAAAACUGGACGAAGUUUCUAAGGAACUACCUGAAGAUUUUGAAUACACCUUAGGCAAAUAUAUUACACUCUUCAAACCAGCAGGGGUCAGGGGAAGUAUAAGCAUAUAUUCUAGCCUGACUGCGUAAUAACUAGUUUGGUAUUGUUUUGUGUGUAUUAAACUGAGUGUUUUCGGAUGCUACAAUACCAAUUUUCCUUGGUAGGGUAGAACAAUAGAUAGGCGAGUCAGUCUAGAACGUUUGUAACGAAACAACAAUCGGAAACAAUACGACUUUUAGUUAGGCAGUAACUCCAGCCAAGAAAUUAGUCUUCACUCUUCGUGCAAAAAGGCAUAAGUCAAGCGUUUUUAUAUCAUGUUUAUAUACCCUUUCAAAAGUUCUCUAGCCUUCUUAUCUAAGACAUUUUCAAAGUAUGCUUCUAGUUUGUGUGAAUUUAAUUCAACUAUUUUAAACUAAAAACUUCGAAACUAUUUUCGUGCCAAGAAAACCGAAAUUCGAUAGCCCAUGACAUGUGUUUAAAUGUCGACAAACACAACAAUAUCAAGUUUCUUAAAUCUCAAUCCAAUUUCUCCUGGACUUGACCCCAUUUUUACAGUGAUGUUAACUUAAUAAAUCGAACUCCUCGCUAACUCGAACAAAUUUCAUUUUCCUUUGGUCAAAUUUACCCAGUUUCUAAGACGUGGAUUGGCAAACCUCAAAAUGUCGGAACAUAAGCACAUUGGCAAAUCGGGAGCUUGGAUUUGUUUUCAGACAAGAACAAUUUAAUCGGUAUAUAAUCGGUAUAUAUAAUAUAUACAAACGUAAUACAAGUCGAUAAAAAAGUUGCGUCGAUCAUACUCGUGUAGUGUUAAACACUGUGAUAAGUACUGUUUAACUUCAUAGGUAACGGUAGUACAAACUUUGUAAGUUCUUUACAGUGCAUCGUAAUGGCUCACAAUUGUGAUUAAUAUCCAACAUUUGAAUCUCCGCUAGCUAACUAGACGUUUUGCCCCCCUUGGGAGUUCGAGUUAUCGGGAAUCUUACGGAUCUACUGUACCUAAAAAAUAUAACAAUAUAGCUUCGUCUAGCCGUCUAGGAAGCGCUUAAUAUAAUACUUUACUGAUUGUUAGGACUGUAAUAUACAAUUAAUAUAUUGUGUGUAGACAAAUGUCUAGCUGAGUUUUUUUGUCUAGAUCACAACAUGCAUAAUUUCAAAACUCUUUGUUCAACUAAACAGAUAUAAAAUAUUAAAUGGCCUUUAGAUACUUAUGCAAAACUAGCCACAAUGGGAAAAAUUGGCAUCCGUUAAUAAAAUAUUAAUAAGGCAACAAUCUUUCGAAUUUGCAUGUUGAAACGUUCUUGUGCUAAGUGAUCACAGAAGAAAUUUGGCAUAGUUCAGUUCGAUAGGUUUUGAAGGGAGCGUUAAACAAUGAGUCAAUCCCUCAAAAAAAUUCUUAAAAAUCCUUCAAACCUUAGAAUUUACCCAUGGACGUGGAAAAUUCCUAGUGUGAUCACAGAAACUUUGUUACGUGUAAAGCAGCAUUUAUUCUCCACGACAACCCCCUCCGAGAACCCCUGCUGUUUACUUGGUCAAGCAAAAUGCACGCGAUGCGUAUCUAUUUUUACUCAAUCGUGGCAAAAACCUUCCAUUUUCUAUAUCUAUAAGAAAUAUACACUCGGACAUUUUCAAGGGCAACCGGACGUGUCAAGACAAAUCAAUUUUUUUCAAACCAAUACCCAAUUAUGCAUAAUGCCUUUAAAACAAAGAGAAGUGUAAACGAAACACGCAUUUACAAGAUUAUAUCGUAUUAGCCCAGUGUUUGAUGAGCGAAAACUGUAUUCAAAAUGAUUUAGUUGUGUAAAAGUCGGCAUUUCCAAAUGGGACGAAAAUUUGGCUCGAUGGGCAUAUUUUCGAGAACACGUUUUAUUUGUCUUUGAAACACUUAAUGCCCCUCAAUCAUUUACCUCUUGUGUGUUUUAAUCCUUAAUAUAAACAUUUGGAGUCAACAUGAAACUGUUAAAAUAAUUUAAGGGAUUAACUAGUUAUUUUAAGCGACAACGCGUUCACAAACGCGAAGAGUUCAAAAGAGAAACUAUAGCUGUUAAAACAUCUGCGUGUUAAAUAUUCAUGAUAUUCAUGAAGUGUUUAACCUUUGUUAAAUACUUUGUCAAAAAGUCAAUCAAUUUGAGGAUGCUCUUUAUAUGUAAAACCUAAGUUACUUUCAUUUGCAAACACACAUGACUUGUUUUUCACCACAAGAAAGUAAGAAUUAACCAACCUUUUUGUUAUACAAACUGGCAUUUUCUUAUAACUUACACAUUGGUGAUCAAGACUAUACAGUAUUUAUUGGCACCUCAGAUUUUGACUUUACAGUCGAAAAUUUGAGAAUUUUAAAAUUUUGGCUAAUAAAGUACAAUAUCUGUAUUGACUAAAAAUGCAAAAUUUCAGGUUUCCCUUUCACAAAAAUAAACAAAACUAUUAGAAAUAUCACAAAAAAGUAUAUAUAAGACAUUUAAGCGAGUUGUGCGAAUUUGCAAGCCGAUUUUAAGUUAAAGGAGCUUAAAGUUAAAGUUGGCAAAAUAGUAACAUUCUCUUCGCAUUUUCUUCAUUUUUGAGCAUUAAAAGCUCAAAAUCAGCUGCGAAAAUCAUACCUCUCGCUUAAAUGUCUUAUAUAAUUAUACUUUUUGGCGAACUUUCUAGUGGUUAGUUUAUUUUUGUAAAAAGUGAACUUGAAAUUUGGCAUUUUUGAGACUCGUUUAUUCCGUCGUCCGGGAAGCUAUACAAUACUUACAUUUUUUCUUUUCUAUUUUAAUUUUUUUAUAAUUUAGGAUCUAGGUUGCUAAUUUUUUGUAAAAAUGUGUAAUGUAAAUGAUAGAUGUAUUUUUGCAAAGUCUAAAUAUUUUAAAUAAAUCAUAUAUUAUCCCUGUCUUUUAGGAAAUGAAGUGACCGCAAACCAGCGUUUCGACAUUACUGACACGGAAAUUUUCCAAAUGGAAUUUGACCCGAAGAAACCAGGAAAAGUCUGCAUGCUCGCAAACACUCGGGAGUACUGGAUCGCAAAUGGCGACGUCAAGGCGACCUCCAGCGAUCGUGUUGACUCGGCCUUCUUCGGAAUCGAUUGGCACGGUAGCCACGUCAGUUUCCAGGCAGCCAGCGACAAAUACGUCACCAUUAAACCGAACGGCAAACUCGCGCCCACUUCGGAAAGCGUCGGUGAUAAAGAGAAGUUUCUCCUGCAACUCAUUAACAGGCCCCUGCUUAUACUGCGCGGUGAGCAUGGCUUCGUCGGAAUGCGAGGCCCGAGCACGGCACGGCUCGAAUGCAACCGAAGUUCUUACGAAGUCUUUAAGCUGCAUUUCGAAGAUGGGAAAUAUAAGCUCGAAGGCAGGAAUGGAAAAUUUGCUCAAAUUGAUGGAGAGGCGAAUCUGAAUCUUUCGGGCACUUCCGAAGACUGUGCGACCUUCCAACUCGAGUUCCGAGAGCAUACGAAGAUGUGUAUAAAAGCGAAUAACGGCAAAUAUUUGAAAGGCGAGAGUAAUGGGGCAUUCACCGCCAAUGGCGAAAAGCUUGCGAAAAAUACCCUCUGGGAAUACUAAACGGACUUGGAACUAGUGAAUUGCGGGAUUGAUUAUUUUUGCCGCGUAUAUUAUUAAUGAACAGAAUUGUUCAAAAUCGCAAGAAAUUUAUUAGAGUGACUGUUUUGUUAGAAUGUUUGAUGACAAAAACAUAUGCACUCGUUUAGAAAAAAGAUUUAUAUGUUAACACGAAGGUUUUAAUGGGGACUUAGAAAUCUGGUUAUGAGUUUAUCUAAAGUCUAAAUUCCAUGCUAAUUCCAAAUUGCCAUUUCAUCAGUUACGAUAUUUUGCAGAAUGCCAGUUAAAAUUUGAACCCAAGUUAAAGUAACCCCAUUCAGACUUUCUAUAACAAUGAGUUACAAUGAGAAAUUAUUAAUAUGAAUAGACAGUUACGUAUAAUACUUUCACUAAAAUGACUUUCAAUUUAUCCUUUUUGAUAAACAAUACAAAUUUAAAUAGCAACUAUAUGAUAUAAAAUUGGAUAUAAAAUUAUUAUAAUGCGAACAAUUUUACUCGUUUUUGCAUAGUUUUACAUCGAUAUUUGUAAUACGAAAGAAUAGAUAUUUACUUAUAUAAAAACUAGGUAGGCGUUGAGCGAAUUGCUAUUAAAUAAAACAAAAUCUAAUUGAAUGAAAAAUAACUCCAUUUUUAUGUGCGGUUUUUGCAUUGAAAUGAAUAUAACUGGAACGCUACCUCUAACCGGAAUAAAUUUGAAGCCAAACUUGACGGCCAGUCCCAGAGCGCAGUCAAUCUGUCAUCUGAAUAUGUAUCUUGAAAACCGACCGUAGAAAAAAACCUUUUUGACAGCGCUGAAAGCUUUCUAUUAAUGCAUUUAUUAAUUAUUCAGCCGGUAAAACGUCCUUGUGGACUUCACUUUUAGUUUUUUUCUAAUGAUUGUUUAUUGAAAGAGCAUUUUUCUGCGAUAAAAGUCUGCCGCAAGACAAAAACACGCGUGCCUGGGGUCAGGUUUGGCUUCAAUACUAAAAUAUAUUCAUGCAUUUCACUGAUUUUUUCACUUCAAUUUUAUCGUCG